GCGAGGACAAAGCAAGAUGGCGUCUGACGGUGAAGACGUUAUUGCAGUCGUCACAGUUCAAUGUUCUUAAUCUAUGCCUCCAUGUACACAUAUAUGUCCUUUAUUACACUCUAGUAAAUAGAGUAAACAUCGUUAAUAACUGUUUGCAUCCGGUUAUAUUAGUCUGAGCGCACUUUGAUGCUUCUCGAGCUAGCUUAGCCUGCUAGUUAGCUUAGCUUGUUAGCUGCUAACAAAGAGAGGCGGAAGUGAUCAAAACACAUCACUAAGUAGAGAUCAAGUGUGAGUGUAAAGUGUUGUGAUUGUGUGAAAAUGUGCCAAAGAACCACAGCAGAGUACGAGGAGGAACUUUGUCCAACAAAAGAGGAGAAGGAGCGACAACAUGAAAAACAUCAAGUUGUGUUACACAGAACAGACAUCCAUCAGCUGAUUGGACACCAAGAAGAAUGUCUCCCUCAUCUGCAGGGGGACAGUUUCACUUUAGAGUAUCCACAGCCCUCACAUUUUAAAGGGGACAAGGAGUAUCCACAGCCCCCCUAUUUUAAAGAGGAAGAGAGGGGAGAUUUUCCUGUAGGGCAGGAGGAGGCUGAUGUCAGCAAGUUUCCACUGACUGUUGUCUCUGUGAAGACUGAAGAGCAUGAAGACAAACCACCUGAGUCCUCACAGCUUCAUCACAGUCCAAACGUUGAAGAAGAACCUCUACCCCAUGAGCAGGAGAAGGAACCACAGUCCCCCAACAUACGCGAGAAAGAAGAGGUACCACAUUCCCAGCACAGCAAAGAGGGAGGAGAGGAGCCACAUCCCCCCCACAUUAAAGAGGAAGGCGAGACGCCACAGACCCAUAAUGUUAAACUGACCCUUCACAUUAAAGGGCAAGCGGAGGACCCACUGAUCUUACACAUCAAAAAUGAAGAGGUGGACCCACUGACCCCUCACUUUAAGGAGCAAGAGAACCUGCUGACCGCUCACAUUAAAAAGGAAGAGGAGGACCCACUGACCCCCUACUUUAAAGAGGAAGAGGAGGACCAAGAGGCGCCGCACAUUAAAGAGGAAGAGGAGGACCAAGAGGUGCCGCACAUUAAAGAGGAAGAGGAGGACCAAGAGCCGCCGCACAUUAAAGAGGAAGAGGAGGAAGAGGGCAUCAGUCAGCCUAAAUGGUUGGAGGAGUUCCCAGUGAUUGGUGUCCCUGUGAAGAGUGAAGAUGAUGAGGUGAAAGGUGAAAGUGAGGAGAGGGGAGGGGGGGAGCCUCCAAGCAGCAGCUCAACACAACACAUGACAACAGAAGCUGAUGGAGACCACUGUGGAGGAUCACAAGCAGACAAGCUCUUAGCUCCACUAUCAGAUAGUGAGGACACAACGUCACACUCUCCUGACACUGAUGAUGAAGACUCUAAAGAUGAUAAGACAUGUCACACUGACAACACUCACUUCACAUGUUCUCACUGUCACAAAACCUUUAAAUACCAUAGUUCUCUGAAAUUACACAUAAGAUCACACACUGGAGAAAAACCUUUUUCUUGUUCACUCUGUAGUAAAGGUUUUACACAACGUCAGAAUUUGAAAGUACACAUGAGAACACACACUGGUGAAAAAACUUUUUCCUGUACAAUCUGUAGUGAAGGUUUUGUAGAAAGUCGCAAUUUGAAAAAACACAUGAGGACACACACUGGAGAAAGACCUUUUGUUUGUUCAACCUGUGGUAAAGGUUUGGCAGACAGUAACAAUUUGAAAAGACACAUGAGAACACACACUGGUGAAAAGCCUUUUUUCUGUUCAACCUGUGGUAAAGGUUUUGCACAAAGUCAGGAUGUGAAAAGACACAUGAGAACACACACUGGUGAAAAAGCUUUUUCCUGUUCGAUCUGUGGUAAAGGUUUUACAAGAAGUACAGAUGUGAAAAGACACAUGAAAACACACACUGGUAAAAAAUCACAUUCCUGUUCAAUCUGCAACAGAAUCUUUUGUCGACGACCAAACCUUGUAGCACACAUGAGAAAACACCCAGGAGAGAAAGUGUUGAGUUGCAGUGUGUGUGGUGAAAGAUUGUCUUCUAAGUACCAGUGUAAGAAACACAAGUGUGCUGGUGAGAACAGCAGCAGCAAAUGAAACUGCAGGAUUUGAAAUAAACUGUCCAGACUUUCAUUUUGACUUUCUUACAACAUCAGCACAUAUAACAUGUGUGACAUUGUUGUUUGUCUAACAAUCUGUUUAAUAUGAUCUUUACAUUUAUAGAUUACAUAGUUUGAAAUAUAAAAUUAUUACUUAUUUGUACUUGUAAUUGUUAAUAAUCCCAUAGAUUAUCACCUUUAUAUGAUAUACAUAUGUACUGGUUCACAUCUGAAACAUCUUCUGGACCACUUCAGGAAGCAUAUUAUUAUUUACUUUAUACAUCAUUUAAACAGUUGUCUUUUAUACAAUUUUAAAAUGUGUGAUUUUAUGAAUCAUUUGUUGGGAAUCUGUAAUCCAUUUUAUUAUUAUCUUUAUUACUCUCUUUUGUAUUAUGAUAAUUGUGUUGUGAUUAUUUUAAAUGUAUGUCCCCAGACCUUUAUGCAAUAAAAAGUGAGAGAAAAUGUCUGAA